AUGGCGUUCUUUCUCACCAUAGUGCUGGCUUUCCUGUCAGUCACCGGUGCAGCAUCCUUGUCUGCAAAUUAUCCCAUCAACUCGCAAUUGCCACCUGUUGCCCGAGUUUCACAGCCUUUCCGAUUUGAAUUCGCCCAAAGUACUUUCUCCAACAGUAACGCGGACACCAAAUACUCGCUAUUAAAUGCACCAUCAUGGCUCGAAGUAGACAGCAGCAGUCUUACCCUGUCUGGAACACCACACGAAGGCGAUAGUGGCACCAUUGUGUUUAAGCUUGUGGCAUCGAAUGGAUCGGAAAAAGACAGCAUGGACGUUACUUUGAUAGUCACAGCGGACCAGGGACCGACGGUGAACAAACCACUUGUACCUCAACUGCAGAAAUUGGGACCGGUCUCAUACCCUUCCACGCUGUUUAUGCACCCAGGUCGUCCAUUCUCGAUUGAGUUCGAUCAGGAUACCUUCGAAAACACGCAUCCCUCUACGAUCUACUACGGAACCUCGCCGAAUAACGCCCCACUGCCUUCCUGGAUCAACUUCGACCCGGCAGCCUUGAAAUUUGCUGGAAAUAGCCCUGCGUUUCCAGGCGCGGGGCCUCAAACGUUUACUUUCCAGCUGAUCGCAUCCGAUGUAGCUGGGUACAGUGCGGCAAACGUGACUUUUGAACUCGCGAUCGGUCCUCAUAUUCUGACAUUCAAUGAGACUGUCCAAGACUUCAACCUUACGAGAGGAGAAGAGUUCAACAGCCCCAAAUUCACUAGUCUUCUGUCUAUGGACGGUUCGCCAACUUCUGCCAAGGAGCUGGCAAAUGUCGAUGCUAAACUGCCGAACUGGCUGAAACUAGAUAAGGAGAAUAUAUCGCUGAGCGGGACACCACCCAGAAAUGCCGUGAACCAGAAUAUCACUAUUGCCGUUACAGACACCUUCCAGGAUCAAGCGCACUUGAUGGUUCGCCUGGAGUUCUUGAAGCUGUUCCUCGACACUGUCGACGGAUGUGAGGCAGCUAUUGGCCAAGACUUCAAGUUUGUAUUCAACCAGUCUAUCGUCACUGAUGACUCUGUACGGUUGGAGGUCGAUUUGGACACCGAGCUCACGUGGCUUACCUACUUCUCGGAUAACAAGACUCUUUACGGACACGUUCCAGAUGAUAUGGAUCCCAAGAAGUUCACUAUCCCUCUUACUGCCUAUCAAGGAUCGACCGAAGACACCAUGGACUUCGUUCUCGAUGUCCUCAAAGCCUCAGAAACACAUUCGAACCCCACAGAUCCGUUCACCUCUCCAGACAGCCCCAACCACAAGAGGGCUGGCAUUAUCGCCAUCUCAGUCGUGAUCCCAUUUGUGGUAAUUUUGAGUCUACUGAUUGUCUUCUGCUGCUGGCGUAGCCGCAAGAACUCACCCACAAUCGAAGAGGGUCCAUCCGACAGCAAGCUUGCUCCACCACGACCUGUUAGGCCAGAUGUUCCUAAUUGCCAGCCAUCGAUGACAGAAAGGCCUUCCCGCGAUGACAAUUCCGAAGAUUGGAUGAGCCCUAUCUCACCAUCGUCGAUUCCUAAGCUUGAACUUGGGCCCGCGUGGAACGUGUCAUCGUUUGAUAAGCGAGAGCACCCAGUCAACUUUACUAUGCCUGAUCCCAUUGUUCCCCCUCGCUCUCCUGCUCGCAACUCGCCCACUCGCCGGGGCUUUGUUCCAAUGCGAGACCCCGUCAUCCAAGAGGAAAGCCCCGUUCAAACCGUCUCACCUUCCAAGAAGCAAAACAAUCGCCUUUCAUACACGACCAGCCCCAUGCGUCGUAGGACCACCAACCGGUCCCGGCGAGAGCCAUUGAAGCCGAUCCAGCCGCGAGCCAUGAAGCGAGAAUCCAUCCAAUCAUCCAAGUCUAGGAGAUACUCGAAGCGCUCGAGCGGUAUCUCCUCCAUUGCCUCUGGACUGCCAGUACGAUUCAGCGGAGCUGGCCAUGGUGCCGGCGGCUUCGGGCCUCCUGGACACGGGGUGGUGCACACAUCAUGGCAAAACGCGCGAGCCUCAAUGAUGAGCGAUGAGACCGUCCUAACACACAUGGCACCAUUGUUCUCGCGUCCGCCAGCAGCAGGACGCAUGCGUCACAGCAUCGCAUCUAGCAUCCCCGAAAACUACAAACGCAUGACCCUACGCACCGUCGAGCCCGAUGACUCCAUCCUCUCCGAAGGUGACUCGCUGGAAGCCUUUGUGCACAGCCGAGCCAAGCACCGCAACUCCUCCAACCCUCUCUUCUCUGCCCAAAUCAGCCGGCGCACUUCCUCAGGCAUGCGCGCUCUCGAUCGAAACCGCAGCCGCGCCGACACCGUCUCCGUAUCAACCUUCAGCGACGAAUUCCGCCAAUCAAUUCAAGAACGGCCCUUAUCGGUUGCAAUCUCGGCUUCGGAAUACGGCGAUGACAACAAUCCCAACCGCUUCUCCCAAUAUCAGAAUCAGGCCGGUCUGUUUCCCCUUGCUGAGGGUAGCGUAUAUGGCCAAAGCCAGUUGAGUCUUGCACAAGACUAUCGCGGUGCUAUUUCCCCUCUGCCGCGGUUCUGGAGCGAGAAUAGUAUGGGCAGUGCUCGGCAGUUGGAGGGCCAGAGCAAUUCUCAGCCUCAGAAAGUGAAUGAUGAAAAUGCUAUGCCGCACAGCUCGUCUAUGGUCUCCGAUCUCGAUGAGCAUUUGUCACGCAAGGUCAGCCCUAAUAAGAGCGCCAAUCAUCAGUGGUGGUUGUCGUCUCCUCUUGAGCCCCCGCGGCCGUUGAAGAAUGCCGAUAAUCGGGGUCUUCCUAUAGCCAGUAGUGGAGAGCUGGCAUUUGUUUGA